GACCAAGGGGCAGCAAACAGCUGACACUAGCUCACUUGGUACAGUUAGGUCCUGCUGAACUGAAGUCAGUGUUCAGGGUCUGCUGAGAGAUGACGAACAGGAUGCAUUCUCCUAUUAUUGUGGCUGAUAUUUUAAUAUAGUGAAAGGACAUAUUUUUAAGUCUUAAGGAUAAACAGGCUGAAGGAGCUGGUUGUUAUUCACCGGAAAAUAACCCUCAAAUAUCAGAAAAUCAAGAUUUUUACAUUCACUUUGCUUCAUCACACAGGUGGAUCCCUAAGCAAAAGCAGUCUGAUUCUGCUGGUGUUUGGCUGCUCUGUUAAGUUCCUCCUGAACAAGAAGAGCUCCAUCUUGCCAUUGAAGUGAGCCACACAUUACUUCAAACCAGUGUAACCAGUGGGCCUUCCACCCGCCUCAUUUUUUCCAGGAGCAAACCCGCUGAUUGAAAUUCCUCAAACUCCAAAAACACACUCCACCAUCUGCAGUCCGCUUCAUACGUGCACAGCCUGGUUCAUCAACAUCUUCACAUGCAUCAGCACACUCACCAGCAGGCCUUCCCCCCCAUCCUGAACCAAUCCAUGACCAUCCAACCUGCUCCAAUCGGAACUCAGGACAGCAAAUUCAACACACACCCUCCCAGAUCAACGAGGCCCUCUUUUGCCCCGGUCACUGCCUUUCACAGCGCAACACAUCAGCCCUACAGAUCAACAAAACGAGGGAGAUGGGGCGCAUUGCAUGUCUCCAUUGCAUGGAGGACUUAUUACCACAAACAUCUCAAGAAAACGCAGCAAAAAAACAACAGUCUCCAUCGAGAACUGAAUCCUGAGUAUCCGACCACCAGUCUGCCUGACACAGAACAACACCAGGAAUCAAGCCCGCCCACCAGCACACACCCAAAUAUAGACUCUCAACGUGGACACUCUGCAUGUACUGCAGUCAGGACUGAGACAGAAAAAACGGCAGAAAGCAUAAGCCACUUCAGCAGACGUUAUCCCACUGACCUUUCCACAUCUUCCCCAGUGUCUUUCCACAGCCGUACAGCCAAAAGGGAGAAACUGGAACAGCGCCCAAAGCUGCACUGGAAAGAGAAACUUAAUGAAAAGAAGAAACGAGGCAGCCGACAAGCUGAAACAACAAAGGACUUACCUCUUAAAGACCAAUCUUGGGAUCAAACUGUGACUCUCGAACUUGACGGCAGACACAGCGGCUCCCUUGACAGGGAAAGGCAGCCAGAGAGUGACAGCUCCAUUAAAGUGAAGAGGGUGAAGCAGGACAUUGUAGACGACCAGUUUGAUUCUUUGAAGACUUUACACACUGAUCCAUCUCCAUUUAGUACAACUCACACACUUCCAUCUUUACACACCAUGCCAGUGCGACACAUACACAUAAGUGAUUUAUCCAUUGUGUAUCCUAACAGCAGCCGAUGUAAUGUUACCAGUGCUCCCCAGGGUUUCAUCUCUUAUCCAGGAGAUGAAAUGCAUCCCUACAAAAACUCUUCAUGGGAGACAAUGUGGGACGCUCACAAGAGAACGGACCUCCUCUCUAGACAAAACACCCUAGCAGACUAUUCUUUGAAUACCUGCAAAGCAAUCAGGAUGCCUCAUGUAGCACAGAGGCAAAAAGAGGCUUGUCAAGGUUUCUAUACACCACCUCUUAAUUUCCCUUAUGCUUUGAGACAGCAGAAAGCAAUUUACCUUAGAGGGAGUGAGUUUCUACACCCACGCCAGGAGAACUAUCACUUCCACCAUCCUGGCUAUCUGGCAACAUCCUACCUGGGGCCCUGAGUCUCCAGUAGGGAUGCAACGAUUAUAGUCUGAAAAAUAAAACUGAUGCAUUAAUUAAUUUGACUGCUAAUGUAUGAAAUUAAACAAACACACUCGGGGUGACAUCUAGCUCACCCAGUAGAGUCCGCGCCCCAUGUAGGCUGAGGUCUUGGAAGUGGCCAGGGUUCAAAUCUAACCUGCGGCCCUUUGCUGCAUUUUGUCCCUCUUCUCGCUCCCCUUUCCUUCAAGCUAUCCUGUCAGGCCAUAAAAAGCCCCAAAAAUAAACUUUAUACAUGAACACUCUAGAUUUUAAUGUUACUUAUUGCUGCCUUUUGAAACAUAAAUAACACAGGCACAGUUUUGAAUGUUUUUAAAAUGAUUAUAUGAUCAAUCAUCAAUCUUUUUAUUUAAAUUCAUAUGAAAAGAUUAGAAACUAGAGGUGAAUCAGUCAGACCACAAACAGAAGCCAAGUUGGCAACAACAGUGCUGUCCUUUUGGCCCUCAAGAAGCUAGAAACGGCCCUGCUAGCUGAUAAAGAGCUGCUGGACAAGAAGCACUUGUCACAGGAAGACUCGCAGCAUGUCGCCUUGUAAAGAAGAGUAAGUAAGUAACGUUAAGUGGUAAUGCUAGUGACAUGUUUGAGCUGUUGAGCUCCCUCUUAAAGUAAGGUUUUCAUUAGUGCCCUAAACGUCGGCUUCUGACUCGUUAGCUGUUAACUGUAACGUUACUGUUAACAUUAAACUGGUAACGUUAACAAGCUAACAACCAAUUAACAACGUUAACAAACAGUAGGCUAAAGUUGCUAGCUAGCUUACCAACUUGUGUUGAAUUCCCCGUUGCAGUUGUCCUGAAGUCAGGGGCUGGCUCGGCUCUGUUUCCCUGCCGUUUGCUACCCAGCUAACAUUUGUUGGUUCCCAGAACGUUCUGGGACGUUCCCUGAAUGUUUGGGUUGUGUUUUGGUUGCAUGGUGCCUACAUUUUGAUUUCC